AAAAGUUCCUGAAAAUUCGCAGAAGCUGCACGAAGAAAACCGGUUUUGAUAAUCAUCUGCUAGUUACUUAAAGAAAUGUAUGCAAAUCAGGUUUUUGCGCAUAUUUUUGCGGUUGCAUUUGCCGUAUCAUAUCAAGCAAAAGCAUGAUUAUAAACAAGCAGAAGUGUCAUCAGCCAGCAGCGCGGAGGGGGGCAGCUGAACUUGAUUCGCAUACACAUAAAAUAACGGCUGAUGGGUUGAAACGGUUGAAACCGUCGAUUCAAACAAGUGGUGUUCGAUGCUAGAGGACUAAUGACGGUUAGUGUCUUGCAUAUCAGUGUUCCGUGGAAACAAAGUUCAAUCACAUGUACCGGUAACUGUGACGUUCCUGAAAUCCCUGAAUAUGGAAACGACGAAGGAGCGGGUAACCUUGAUUCUCGGGGAAGAGCGAAUAGAAGCGUACCGUGAUGAUUUAUCGUCGAAGAGCGAUUACUUCGCGUCUCUCUUCUCGCCAAAUUUUUGCGACACUCUAAGCACCGAGCACCGUAUCAAUUAUGAAAUCGAUGCAAAAACAUUGCGGACAUUCGUCAGCUGGACUUCUGAGAGCGCUAAUUCCACCUUCGCCGAUAUUCGCCGCGUCAAACGUAGUCUUUCAAGGUACGCCUCGCAGUAUUCCAGCUUAGACGACGUUCCCGAGUUGCUCGAAUUGGGCGUUUUGUUCGCCGCCGAGGAACUCACCAAAGAUUUGACGAACAUAAUUGCCUGCCGUCGUCUCGAUCCCGAAAAAUCCAUCCAGUUCUGGCGAUUGGCUAAAGAGUUGAAUCUCUUGGUUCUCAGAGAUCUCGCCAAAGCUUCAUGCCUGGAACACCUCUCUGAGGGUCUGCAUUGUUCCACCUAUCUUGAACUUCCCGAAGAAGAGUUUUUAGAUCUGGUAGGAAGCGCCUGCAACCAAUCGUCUCUCAACUUUCUUCUCGAAAUAACUAAACAGUGGCUGGAGCGCAAUGUUCCAUCCGGCGAAAUCGACAGAUUCAAAUUACAUUUUCCAUUUAUGUUGUUGGAGAAAGAUGCUUUGGACAAUGAUCGCACGAAAAAAAUCAAUGAGCAACGGUUGAAGAGCAAUGCACAAUGUGUUGUGGGAUACAAAGUGAUUGGUGAAAACCAGCAGCAAGCUUGUAUUUAUUGUUGGGAUGGAAGUAAAUUCUUUGAAGUUGCUGAAAUACCUAAGUUUUCCAACGUUUCUACCAAGAACAUUGAAGGCAGGCAGGCUGUGGGGCGAGGAUAUGACAUCUACAUUAUUGGUGGAGAGUAUGGGAUCGGUACAGGAUUAUUUGAAAAGGAAAUAUGGCGCUAUUCUACGAUUACAAAGUCCUGGUACUACGUCACCAGUUUGCGGGAACCACGCCGACACAUGGCAGUAGCAUUUUUGAACAACAGACUCUAUGUGAUGGGCGGUGUAGGACGUCGCCGUCUUAAACUCUCAACUGUGGAUGUGUACAAUGUUCAUCAAGAUAGAUGGAGCAAGGCGGCGGAUGUUCCUGAGGAAUUCACCAGUGUACCUAUGACGGUCGAAUAUAAUGAAAAACUGAUGAUCUACAAGUCGGCACUUUACACGUACGACCCAAGAAAAAAUAAUUGGCAAACAAUCUGUUGUGACUUUCGGGGUUUUCGUAACGCAUCGUCGCUUGCAACCAAACCGAUUUCUAUUCAGUACAUUGCGUGGUGGAACGACUCAACUUACAUCAUUGAUUGCAACAAUCCAAAGUAUGCCCAAGUUUGGAUUCAAGGAGAUCUUUCAAAUUACCCUGCUACUUGGUUUUCGGAUUGUGCAUCAGCGUUUAGCAAUGUGGUUACCAAUGGGCCGUAUUUAAUCGGGUUUUCACAGAGCGAAGAUACAGUCUACAUAGAAACAAUGAUGCUUACAAGGGAUAGGUAUACGAAAAUGCGAAUGAGAUACAGCCAAGAUGGAACCGGUAUACGGAACCUGUGCGUUGAUUCUCCGAUAGGCUGUUUUAAUAUAAUAAAUUCAUGCAAAUUGAACGAACGACUUUUAAUCGACAUCGAUGCCAGCAAUAAAACAAGACGGUAUUAAGUCGUCUGCAUCUAAUUCUGUUUUUUUUUCAACUUUUUUUUUUUUAAUUUGAUUUUUACAUGUCAUCAUAGUGAUAAGCUCAUAUGAUAAUUGAGUACUGUAUUUGUAAAUGAUUUGUAUAAUAGAUGACGAUUUUAAUACUGAUGUGAAAUUAAUAAGAAUAAUCACUGAGAGAUUUAAAAUUCCUUACAAACUGCUUGCCAUUUGAAUAUCAAUAAACGACUUAUAAUAGAAUCUGAGAAAAAAAUGAAUUUAAUUUUACCAAUAUAUUACAAAGUCUAAAUUGUCUCAAUUUAUAUUUAGCUAUAUACAUACAUAGACGUUCUCUAUCGCAUUUCUAAACAUACAUACAUAUAGGUAUAGAAAAUCGUAAUUGUAGAUAGUUGGACUGAGUAAUUAUUUCUAUUGCUACAAUAGCCGUUAUUUUUUUCAGAGUUUUUAUUUUUUUUUUUAAUUUUUCUUUUGCGUUACAUUAGUUGUCGAUUAUUCUAUCUAACACAGUUUUGCUUUUUAUCGCUAAGCCUAAAUUCACACUUUGGAUUAUUCAAAAUUAACAUUGCACACAUCACACAUUGUCUUCACCAUACUCUGAAACUAAUAUAGAUGUUACUGAAUAUUUUUGUUCGACCCAGUAGACGUUUUUCAAUCGAGAAAGUAUCAGUAAAUACUCGUCAAAAGAAUCGAACAAGUCAUGAAAUUCAAGAAAUUACUCAAUAAAUGGAAGAACAAAAAAGUUUAAAGUUAUUUUAACAUAAUAUAGAAUACUGCUGUACAUGAAAAGUAAUUUCACCUGAUUAAAAAACUUCGAAUAGAGGGACAUGCAUU